AUGGCUACCCCCAGUGUCCUCACUUUUGAUGCUGAGGGCUGUGCCGUUGACUUUGAGGUCUGGGUCGAUGACCUCCAGCUGUUUCUCCAGUGCGAUAGGGCAGACGGACUCUCUCUGUUCGAUCUCACCUCUGGUGUCUCUCCUGCCCCGCCUGCUACUGCUGACAACACUGUUCGCUCACAGUGGGCCACACGCAAUGCUGCUGCUCGCCUUGCCAUUCGUCGCCACUUACCGACCACUGAGCCUGCACACUUUAGCCAGUACAAGAGUGCUCAGACCUUGUACGACGCUGUAGUUGCACGCUACUCUUCCCCUGCCACUGCUGCACUGAGCCGCCUCAUGCUACCGUACCUCUUCCCUAACCUUGCUGCCUUUCCCACAGUCGCUGACCUCAUUACGCACCUCCGCACUAGUGACACUCGCUACCGCGCUGCGCUUCCUGCUGAGUUCUGCGCCAGGAACCCCCCCCUCAUGUACAUCACACUCUACUAUAUAGUCACCCGGCUCCCUGACUCUCUCCGCGUAGUCAGGGACCACUUCCUCUCAGUUUGCCCCACCACUCUCACUGUUGACCUCCUCGAGAAGGCCCUCCUAGUGGCAGAGAAGUGCAUAGUUGCUUCAGGAGCCUCUCUGGUGACCCUCGCACCCCCGUCUUUUAGGGGUGUUCUCCCUCCUCCCUCUUGCCCUCUAUUGCCUCUGCUGCUGUGGCCGAACUUGUUGGUUUCGAGUCGGUCGGCGCUGCGUCUACCCCGAGCGGGAGACGCUGCACCGGCAAGGGCAAGGGGGGCAAGGGCGCUAGAGGGGCUGGCAGGGGCGGUGGAGGUGGUGGUGGAGGCAGUGGAGGGGGUGGGGGUGGUGGUGGGAGUGGUGGCGGGGGUGGCGGCGGCGGCGGCAGUAGUGGAGUCGGAGGAGGCGGCAAAGGUGGCGGAGGGAGCGGAGGCGGCGGAGGUGGCGGAGGAGGCGGAGGUGGAGGAGGCGGCGGAGGCAGCGGCGGGAGCAGUGGACCUGGUCGCGGCUCUGCGCAGAGGGGUGGCUCCGGUGGUGGUUCGCGCCAGCAGCAACAGAGCAGUCGUGAGACCCUGUCCCCUCAGCAGCUUCGUGAGUGGUACGCUCUGCGUCAGCGCGGUGGGGGUACGGGUCCCUGCACCUACGGCGGGGGUUGCUAUCUUUGAUCUUGACUUAGAUGCUUUUCUUGCUGCCAUGUAUGCUGUUGAUGAUAGUGUUGUGGUUGACUGUUACCUGUGUGUACCGCCUGACCCAGGUAUUGAGGCUACUGCUCUAGGUGCUGGUGAGGCUACUGCUCUAGGUGCUAGUGCGUCAGCUGCCCCAGGUGCUAGUGCGUGUGCUACCCCAGGUACUGGUGAGUUUGCACUCUCAGGUACUACGUCGGCUCAGACCUUACACACCUUUACCCUUGACUCGGGUGCGUCCCGCUCCUUCUUUCGAGACCGCACCACUCUUACGCCGCUUAGUCUGCCGGUUGCAGUCUCCCUGGCAGACCCCUCUGGGUUCCCUGUCCUUGCUAGCGUCUCCACUGUCUUAUCAUGCCCGGCAGCCCCCUGUGGCACCCUGUCAGGUCUCUACCUCCCCUCGUUCUCUACGAACUUGGUGAGUGGAGCGGACCUACACGAUAGGGGGGUUGACCAGUUCACUCCUGCGAGUCAGCGAGUGACCCACUGCACGUGUGCUCGGACAGGCCGACACUUGGCCACGUUCACCCGUCGGCCAGGGUCGAGCCUGUACACCCUUACUACUGAGUCUCCUCCGGCUGCUGAGUCUGUCCAGGUAGCUGCGUCGAGUCAGGUGUUUGCUGCAGCGUCCAGGUCUGGCCCUACCUGCGUCCCCUGCGUCGAGGGGCGACAGCGCGCCGCCCCUCACUCCUCCGAGUUUCCUCCGACAGAGGCUCCACUGCAGACUCUCCACAUGGACGUGUGGGGCCCCGCCCGCGUCAGUGGGCAAGGGCGCCAUCCGGUACUUCCUGCUAGUGGUUGA